GUGACCAUCGAGGACCGUCCGGUUCCUGAGCUUAAAGACCCGCACGAUGUGCUGGUACACGUCGCCCAGACGGGUAUCUGUGGCAGCGAUGUUCACUACUGGCAACGCGGCCGCAUCGGCGACUACGUCGUGACCGGGCCGAUGGUACUGGGCCACGAAUCCUCGGGCGUGAUCGCCUCCGUCGGCGACGCAGUCACACACCUCAAGUCCGGCGACCGCGUAGCCGUCGAGCCGGGCCUCCCCUGCCGACGCUGUGACUACUGCCGGCGCGGCAGCUACCACCUCUGUCCCGGAAUGAUCUUCGCCGCGACGCCGCCAUACGACGGCACGCUGGCCAAGUACUACGUGACGGCGGCGGACUUCUGCUACAAGGUGCCGGAGCACAUGGAUCUGGAGCAGGCGGCGAUGGUGGAGCCGGUCUCCGUCGCGGUGGCGGUGGCCAAGACGGCGGACCUGCGGCCGCAUCAGACGGUGCUGGUGCUGGGCUGCGGGCCCAUCGGCGUGCUGUGCCAGGCGGUGGCCAAGGCGUACGGUGCGAGUAAGGUCAUCGGCGUGGACGUCGUGGCGAGCCGGCUGGAGGUCGCUAAGACGUAUGGCGCCGAUGAGACCUUCCUGGCCCCGUUCCGCGAGGAAGGCGUCGAGCCGCUGGUGCAUGCGGAACGGGUGGCGGCGCUGGUCAAGGAGCAGUGCGGGCUUGGCGACGGCGCCGACGUCGUGCUCAAGUGUUCCGGGGCCGAGGCGUGUGUGCAGCUGGGCGUGCUGGCUGCGCGGCCCGGCGGUACCUAUGUGCAGGCCGGCAUGGGGAAGGAGAAUGUCCUGUUCCCCAUCACCACGGUCUGUGUGCGCGGGUUGGUGGUCAAGGGGUCCAUUCGCUAUCUGCCGGGGUGUUAUCCCGCGGCCAUCGAGCUGAUCUCAACUGGGAAGAUUGACGUGAAGAAGUUGGUGACCAACCGGUUCAAGUUCGAGCAGGCAGAGGAGGCGUUUGAGCUCGUGCGACAGGGCAGGCAGGAUGUGUUUAAGGUCGUGAUUAGUGGUGUGGGGUACUAG